AUUAGUGUAUUGUAUAAACAUUUAAUUAUAAUAAAAUUAAACAUGAGUAAAGAACUGAAUAUAUUGUUCAUUCCGGUGAGCGCUGUCGGUCACGUCAACGGGUGUAUUGGUUUGGCCGAAGUGCUCAUCCAAUCCGGUCAUAGCGUAUCGUUUGCGGUAAACCACGAAUGGAAGGGUCGACUCGCAAAGUAUGGCAUCCGAGAGAUAUUGUUGGCCGACCUACAAAAUGAGCAUGGUGCUGAGCAUGGUGCUCAGUCCACUAAAGCAAUGGCCAAAAUGAUGAUGGGAUUGGGGAAAGACUCGACUCCGUUGGAUAAGGCUGUGAACAUGGUCACUAAAAUGGGAGAUCUCUUUAUUAACAAGAUAAAACAAAUCGACGACCUAGUAUCUGGUGUAAUAGCCAGCUUACAACCCGAUGUGCUGUUUGUCGAUAUGCCUUUUUUGUUGCCAUCGGUGGUCAAAUCAGGCAUACCCUGGGUAUUGGUCUCUACAGCUAAUCCAUUGCGUUACUUAAACGACGAACGAACACCUCCACCAUUAUCUGAGUCGUCGCAUUUGAAUAUCUAUGGCUAUCCGUUGGAAUUGGAUUACACAGACAUCAGACCAUUGCCUCCCAAAUGGUAUAGAUUUGAUAAUCUCAAGCGAACUGAAAAACACAUACCCUUUAAUCUACCGAUUCAAUUAAUGGACAAACCGGGAAAGUUGAUAUACUUUUCAUUGGGAUCUAUGGGUGCGGCAGAUGUGGACAAUAUGAAGAGAUUAGUCAAUGUUUUGUCCAAAUCUAAGCACAGGUUUAUUGUAUCAAAAGGACCCCUUCAUGACGAGUACUCAUUGGCUGAUAAUAUGUGGGGC